CCUGCAUUGAACACAACGCGUAUCGGAAUACAGGCCAGCCACGCGGGGGGUCAAACCCGUAAACUUUAGUUUGUUACUCACCUCAUGUUGACGACUGGAUGAAUGUCAGCCGUCAGUCAGAGAGACGUUCAUCUGGCGAGCAGUCGGAUGGACUGAGUCACAUGACUAGCUCUGCGUGGGUCAGGUGACACAUUAGGUCAUGUGGUCGUUACUGUGGUACGGCGGCGUUUUAGUCCUCAACGAGGUCUUGCAGGAGACUUCCAAAGCUAAGUUUCCUUUAUGCAAUUGAAGACGUGUUGUGUGUGCUACAACAUCUGCUAAACAUAUUCCUAUUUCAAAGAAUGUUGCUCUCAAUUGGGUCACCAGAAACACAACUCCAGUUGGAUAAUAACGUUGCUCUAUGACUGCUGGAUGUUCUCCAGGUGGCGCUAGAUCCCUGACACUCGUCUCUUUCAACAUGACAUGCCAUCUGAUGAAAACACGAGCUGGAACACUGUGGCUCAGAGAGUCGGGCCUCUGCACACGAAUCUCAUAUCUCUGUUUCAACGCAAAAAGUAACGUUUGUUUUGUAUUCUGCAAACAUUCUGGCGCUUAUGUUGCCCGUCUUUCUGGCUCACAUCGGGCAACCCCGCUCCAAACUUCCACUUUAAGAAGGCACGUCUCCGCCGCAGCGUAGUGUGUUUAGUGCAAUCCUUAAAGUGGCACAUCAGCACAUGGAAACCAUAGCUGCGUUUCUGCAUGACACAAUAACAGACCCACAGAUUCUGUCUGACUGAAUGCUUCGGAGGAACUGAUCCACGGUGCAUAUUCCUGAGGCUUGUCGGUCUCUUCCCAUCUGCGGCGGCAGCACCCUUCAGUGGAUGCGGCAGCGGGAGCUCCUCGCCGAGAGGAAGGAGGGAAGGAGAGAAGGAAGGAAGAAAGGAGAGAAGGAUCGGCGGAUUCAGACAGACGGGUGGUGGACUCUGGUCGAGACGAGACAUGAAAUAGUCACCGAGAGAGCCGUCAAAGGUGAAGCCCAUUGGGACUCGAGGGAAAUGGAGGCCCCGCCGGGGACGAGCUGCCGUGAGCGCACCUUGGCCACACGGGAAUAACCGAGCCGUGAAACGGGCUGGCAUGGCAGCAUCCAGCAACUCAAGCCUCUCCGGUUCAUCUGUGUCCUCCGACCCUGAGGAUUACCAACCGCCCAUAUGGAAGUCCUACUUGUACCAACUACAGCAGGAAGCCCAGAGACCAAAGAGGAUCACAUGUCCUCAGGAGAUGGAAAACAGACCCAAAUACUACGGGAGAGAAUUUCAUGGCAUGAUCUCUCGGGAAUAUGCAGAUGAGCUUCUGGCGGGAGCAGAGGGUGCUUACCUCAUCAGGGAAAGCCAAAGACAGCCGGGGACUCACACCUUGGCCUUAAGGUUUGGGCACCAGACCCUCAACUACAGGUUGUUUUAUGACGGGAAGCACUUUGUCGGGGAGAAGAGGUUUGAGUCGGUCCAUGACCUUGUGACGGACGCCCUCAUCACUCUCUACAUCGAGACCAAGGCGGCAGAGUACAUCGCCAAAAUGACCACGAACCCCAUCUACGAGCACCUUGGUUACACCUCGUUGCUCAAGGACAAGAUGGUGCACAGGCUGAGCCGUGGACGCACAGAACCACGCAGGGUCACCUUCCAGAGAGAUGAAAAGAUAUCCUCACCUCUGGUGCGACAGAGUGCCUUGAAAGAUACACCGGAGAAGCAGUGCUCCUACGAGAAGAUACACAACUUCAAGGUACACACCUUUCGAGGGCCGCACUGGUGCGAGUACUGUGCCAACUUCAUGUGGGGCCUCAUCGCCCAGGGUGUCCGCUGCUCAGAUUGUGGACUGAAUGUACACAAACAGUGUUCCAAACUGGUUCCCAGUGACUGCCAGCCGGACCUGCGCAGGAUAAAGAAAGUGUUCAGCUGUGACCUCACCACGCUUGUCAAAGCUCACAACACAACACGGCCCAUGGUGGUGGACAUGUGCAUUCGAGAGAUAGAGCUGAGAGGCAUGACAUCUGAAGGUCUCUACCGAGUGUCUGGCUUCUCAGAGCACAUCGAGGAAGUGAGGCUUGCCUUUGACCGAGAUGGUGAAAAGGCUGACAUCAGUGCCAGUGCCUAUGCAGACAUCAACAUAAUUGCUGGUGCUCUGAAGCUCUACUUAAGAGACCUUCCCAUUCCAAUCAUUACGUUUGACUUGUACUCCAAAUUUAUUCAAGCUGCAAAAAUUCCAAGUGCGGAAUCCAGACUGGAGGCCAUCCACGAGAAUUUGCUGCAGCUCCCCCCCGCCCACUACGAGACCCUACGUUACCUGAUGGCUCACCUCAAGAGGGUGACGCAGUUAGAAAAGGACAAUUUAAUGAAUGCCGAGAACCUGGGGAUUGUCUACGGUCCAACGCUGAUGCAGCCACCAGAGCAGAACGCCUUGACGACGCUGAACGACAUGAGGCAGCAGAAACUAGUGAUGCAGCUGAUGAUAGAGCAUGAAGAUGUCUUAUUCUAAGGACUGAGGCAUGCAGGACAUGUAUUUAUUGUCAUAGAGGAAAUUCAACCCACCUUGAUUCUAAUGAAGUUUCAGAAUCGUUUGUAAUCAAAUUGAACUUGAAACGCUUCUUUUCUCGCAUGACUGUUUUAGUUGAUGUUGGUCUAGUGUUGACAUUGUCUUGUUACUGUAAGUUUGGGUUUUUAUACCCAGCCAAGUCCAUCUUUUUUAUAUUGGGAAAGGAUCCAGUGUUUUUAACUACCUACAGUGCUGUUCCCUCCUCUGUGUCAUUUGAAGACUGUCACUACCUGGUGUAGACACGGUCAUGAUGGCAGACUGUCAAUCAGUGCUGCUGUGAAGCAAGUGCACGUUCCCACAUUACAUGUGUGCUUAUUGUGGUUUUAGUGGGAUCAGUAUUUUAACUGUGUGUACUAAAAGUUGAGAGAUGAGACAAUUGGACGCUCAUGAAGCACUUUUUUUGCAACGAGUGUAAAGAUUUAUUUUGUAAAGAUGUUUAUUUUUGUCUUUUACUCUGCAUCUUGUUCUUUUGUCACAAUAAUAUAUACUGUUGAGAAUGAUUUUUUUCGGUGAAUUGAUGUCUAAAUACAAAACUGAUCACAAGAGAGAGAAAAAAGAAUUGGACAAGAAGACGUUUGUGGUUUUACUAUUUUUAUUUGCAACAUACUCUGGUGAGCAAUACACAGCUGCAUUAAAUACUGGUCGUUGUGAUUCACAUGUCAUGUUGCAGGCAUAUUGUAAAACUCUUUUGCACACAUGUCUGUUGCCAGCUUUGUGGUAUUUCUGUUUACAUGCUGUAAUUUGGGAUGUCUUUAAGUCAAAAAUAGGAUCUGGGCCCAUUUGUUUUCUUUUUCGUAUGCCAGUGACAUCACUCGGUGCAGCAGUAGCUGCGUUUCACUUCAAAGUGCCAUAGAAGUUAAGAGUCAUACUACAGCUGUACCGAGCAUGUUUAUUACACAGUUGGUUGGAUGUGAUCAGGUAAAUCCUUUCUACAAAUCCAUUUUAUCAAAAUGUAUUUUUGUGACGGUUGCAAUUAAAAAUGUAAUUUCUCAAAUGUUGAUUUAUUAAAGGAAAGAAAACUUGAGUUUCAAAUAGUGU